AUGAGUUCAAUGCCAGAAAUUUCGGAAAGAUCUACUAUGGUUACGUCACCAGACUUCACAGCAUUGGGAGCUCAGUUAAGUGAGGUACUUGGCAAGUUCAAUGAGUUAAGUACUGAAAUGGCCGCACAGAGGUAUGUCAUUGAUCAGUUGGUUGCAAGCAACAGUGGUGGUGGUGUCCUGAACGACCAAGAACCUGUCGAUAAUCAUCCAUCUGCACAAAACCAUCAACCACCACACACAUCCAAUGCCCAAACAACUUUCCUUCCUCCCUUCGCUAAUCCCCUUGAAAAUACCUUUACCCGACUAAAUUCAGACCUUUCUUAUACGCAUCCAAAUUAUAUAUUGAUUAACCCCACCAGUAAUCAAAUCUCUCAAACCCAUCCACAAACCAAUCUGAACGUUCCCCGUAAUCCUCAGGAACCCCACCACCACGUUGCAGUGCCUUUUGUGUUGGAUACUGCAUCUCAAGGGAAGGCAGCGAUAGAAGAACAACCUGCACCUAUUGACAAAGAUCUGUUGAGAAGACUGGAUCGAUUCGAUGAUUUUAUGAAGAAGAAUCAAGGAUUGAGCAGGCAUGGUGGGUUGGACUACGAUGAAUUAUGUCUUUUUCCAGAUAUUCAGCUACCAUUGGGAUUCAAAACUCCCAAAUUCAGUAAGUAUGAUGGGGCUGAAAAUCCUAAGACGCAUCUCAAGAUAUUUGCCAACAAGUUGGGUAAGCUCAUGGAUGAUGAAAAUCUGCCUAUGCGUCUAUUUCCUGAAAUUUUAGAGGGAGAUGCUCUAGAUUGGUAUUCAAAUUUGAAGUCUGAAGAGGUCAAAACCUGGUUGAAUUUGUCAACAAUUUUUUUGAAGCAAUAUGAGUUUAAUUGUGAGUUGGCACCGACACGAACAACACUGGAGGGCACAAAAAGAAAGCCAUCGGAAGAUCACAAGACCUAUGCAAAGCGGUGGAGAAAGUUAGCUACCAAAGUGGAGCCUCCUAUGACUGGGGAGGAGAUUGUUCGUACUUUCAUCAAGGCUCAUGAUCCACCCUACUUUGAAGAGAUCUUUCGCAUGACUAGAAGUUCGUUUGCUGCUAUUAUUAAUAAGUUUGAGGAAUACGAUGAGUUUGUCAAGGCAGGGAAGAUUGUUAAUGUAUCGGCAUUGAAGUUGCAAUUGGAUGCUUUACAGAAUCAAAGCAACAUGGGGAAAAAGUCCCAAUUCAAGAAGAAAGAAGGAGAAACCGCUUUUAUAUGGGAUCAAGGCCCGUCUUUCAGACCCAGAAACCAUCCCGCCUAUUCUGUUCCUUACCCGUAUUACACCAACCCUCAACCAGUCUACCACACUACUACCCAACUCCAUCAUUCUCGACCAAGUCACUUGAAUACCUCACCGUUACCUCCACAACCUAUCUUCCAAAAUCACUCUCGUCCCAAUUAUCAUCCCAGACCAACCCUGCAAAAUAAUAACCCUUCUCAAAAUCCUUUUCAAACCAGGGGAGUUCAAAAUCAAAGGCAAUUCCGAACCUUUAGCAAUUUGGGCCGACCCAUUGAUCAAUUGUAUGAGCAAUUAAGAGCAGCUGGAAAAAUUAGCACUAUUCCUCCCAAACUCUAUCCCAGAGCUCCUCCUGACGGUUAUGAUCCACAAGCAAUCUGUGCCUAUCAUUCUGGAAGUCCAAGUCAUACCACUGGCAAUUGUUGGGCUCUAAAACAUAAGAUCCAAGACAUUAUUGAUUCUGGAGACAUCCUUCUUAGAAGAAAGGGAGAACAAGGACCCAAUGUCAGUAAGAAUCCUUUACCUGAGCAUGGAAGUACUGUAGGAGUUAUCAUCGCUGAUGAAGAUUUUAUCGAUCCCACUCAGUACAUUGUAGAUGAAAUUGAGGUGUUUGGUGUAAUGGAAACUGACCACGCGAGAAUGAGAAAAUCGCUGUUUGCUGAGAAGUUCAUGACUAAUGAUGAUGUUGAGAAAAAGUUGAAGUCUCUUGUAUUUGAAAAAGAGGAGCCAUUUAUAGUAGAAGAUGGAGUUUUCGAGGUUGACAAAAUCCCUUUUAUUCUGGAUCUACCAUCUUUUGAAUGGGAUAUAUCAGAGCCCGUUAUUCUCAAAUUUUCGGAACAAAUACCUGUCAAUAACUUGCAAGAGGUACCCUGGAACUACGAGGAGUCUAUUCUGUUGAUGGGAGAUAAAAAAUGCUUAAAGGAAGAGGUAUCUACUAUUACCAUGUCUGAGAGAAUCGUGGGAAACUCCAAAGUAGACGUUCAAUCCAAGGCCAAGGUUAAAUCUCCGACGUCCAAGUCUCUUGUGCCUGAAAAUAAAGCCGUGGAUUUCUUAAAGAUGCUGAAGAGAAAUGAGUACAAAAUAGUGGAACAGUUGGAUAUGAUGCCUGCUCAGAUUUCUUUUUGGAAUCUUCUCUUGACCUCCGAGCUACACAGAGAAGCAUUACUCAAAAUCCUGAAUGAAGCUCAAGUCUCUAAAGAUAUUCCGGUGGAUAAAUUUUCUAAUAUUGUGGGGAAUGUACUUGCUGCUAAUCAUAUUGCCUUCUCUGAUGAUGAUCUGACUGCAGAGGGAAUCGGGCAUAACAGAGCCUUGUAUAUAUCAGUCCGCUGCAAUGGAAAACUGUUGCCAAGAGUUUUAGUGGAUAAUGGGUCAGCGUUGAAUAUCUGUCCAUGGAACACUCUCAUCAAGCUUGGAUUUCUUGACAUUAAACUCCGUCCAUCUGCAACUGUGGUUCGAGGAUUCGAUGGUUCAAGGAGGGAAUCUAUGGGUGAAACAGAUCUGGUAUUGGAGAUAGACCCUGCUCAAUUUCAAGUUACUUGCCAACUCAUUACUGUGUUUGCUGAGGAUGACUGUACCAUGAUCGUUGAUGCAAAAUUCAAAGGUGAAGACAGAAAAGGGACUCUAGUUUCAUCUCAUCACGUUGCUGACAUUGUCUCUGUGGGAUGGGUAUCCAAAGAUAAGUCGCUGACUAAAUCACAUUUGCCAGAGGCUGAUAUCAUGAUGGCUAAGGAGAUGAUCCGAAGCGGAUAUGAAAUAGGAAAAGGUCUUGGACGGGAAUUGCAAGGAAUUUUGGAGCCAAUAGAGAUCCCGAUGCAAAAGGAUACAUUUGGACUGGGAUUUCAUCCAACUGCUAAGAAUAAAAAGGAAAUGCAAGCUCUAAAACAAGUUGAAAAGAAGGGUAAGCAAAUUGUCUUAAAUGUCCCACCGCUAUAUCACACUUUUCCUCGGCCAUCAGAGGUGAUUAUGCCAGAAACGAAAAAUCCUGUGGAGGAAAUUGAAGUGGACCUAUCUCAAUUAUUUGUUGAGGCAACUUGUGAGAAGGAACCAUCAGAGAAUUCAGAAUUUUUAUGGCCACAAGUAAAACCCUUUGACCCUUUGGAUGUCACCAUUUUAGAAUCCGAUGGCUGCAAUCUCAAUAUCUCUCAUGAAUUUGAAAUCAUGCAAUCUGAAAUUCAAAACGAGAGCGAUACUGAGGAAGAAUUUGAGUCUAUUUCAAGGGAUUUAAAACAGUACGAAGAGAAACCCAAACCCAACUUAGAAGAAACAAAAAUCAUCAAUAUUGGCUCUAAGACGGAGGUUAAAGAAGUUAAAGUCAGCAUUCAUUUGAAUAAGAAACAGAAGAAGGAAAUGAUUGAAUUCUUAAUGCUAUUUCAAGAUGUGUUCGCAUGGUUAUACGAUGAUAUGUCAGGGAUCUCUACAGACAUAGUGGUUCACAGAUUGUCAACUGAUCCAAAUUUUUUACUUGUAAAGCAGAAGUCGCUGCUUAAGAAAUCUGGGGAGAUGCGAGUAUGUGUUGAUUAUAGAAAUCUGAAUAAGGACAGUCCGAAAGAUGAUUUUUCUUUGUCAAAUAGUCAUAUUUUUUUGGACAAUAUUGCUGGAGACGAAAUUGAAUCUUUUGGUGAUUAUUUUGUUGGGUAUAAUCAAAUCUUAAUGGCAGAAGAAGACAGAGAGAAGACUUCUUUUAUCACCCCAUGGGGAACCUUUUGUUAUCGAGUGAUGCCUUUCGGGUUGAAAAAUGCUGGAACCACUUAUCAGAGGACCAUGACUACCCUGUUCCAUGACAUGAUUCACAAAGAGAUGGAGGUUUAUGUGGAUGAUAUCAUAAUUAAAUCCAAGAAGGUCGAGGACCAUCUGAUUGAUUUAAAGAAACUGUUUGAAAGAUUGAGAAGAUAUAAUUUGAAGUUGAAUCCUGCGAAAUGUGCUUUUGGAGCCCCAGCUGGUAAAUUAUUGGAUUUUAUUGUCAGCAAACAGGGUAUAGAGAUAGAUCCUGUAAAAAUAAAAGUAAUUCGAGAUAUGUCCAUUCCAAAAAUUCAAAAAGAUGUGAAGAGUUUUCUUGGAAAGAUCAAUUUCAUUGGUCGAUUCAUUGCACAGUUAACAUCUACCUGUGAGCCUUUGUUCAAAUUGCUGAAAAAGAAUGCGCCGAUAGAUUGGAAUGAAGAUUGUCAGCAAGCUUUUGAUAAGAUAAAAAAUUACUUGUUAAAUCCUCCGGUCUUAGUGCCACCUCAGCCGGGAAGGCCUCUGAUUAUGUAUUUGUCUGUUCUUGAUGAGGCUGUCGGAUGCGUUCUGGGACAGCAUGACGAGUCUGGGAGAAAGGAACAAGCCAUCUACUAUCUGAGUAAGAAAUUUACAGCAUAUGAGGCCAACUAUUCUUUUCUUAAAAGGAGUUGUUGUGCUUUAGUAUGGGCAGUUCAGAAGUUGAGACAUUAUUUGCUCGGUUAUACCACUUACUUGAUUUCUCGUUCUGAUCCUCUAAAAUACCUGUUGAAAAAGUCGAUGCCCACGGGACGUAUGGCUAAGUGGCAAAUGAUCCUUUCCGAGUUUGACAUUGUCUUCACAACACAAAAGGCAGUCAAGGGUCAAGCCAUAGCAGAUCAUUUGGUAGAAAAUCCAAGAGAUGAUGAUUACCAGCCAUUGCAUACCUACUUUCCGGAUGAAGAAAAUCUGUUCGUCGGAGCAGUUAAGGCAAUGAGUGAGCAGUAUCCUGGAUGGGGUUAUUUUUCGAUGGCGCGUCAAAUUCUUUCGGAACUAGAAUUGGAGCAAUUUUAG